UGGGCACUAGAUAUCUAUCUGACGCCAUCCAUCUCCAAAUAGUAAAUGUGAUGCUGAGUUCAGAUGUCCGCUCAUCUGACAAGUUGGCAGCAAACACUUCCUCCUAAUGAAUUGACCACAAAGAUGGCUGUCAGCUACAUCAUUACUCAAAUCCCUUAAUCCUUAAUGGAAAUCUUUACCAGUUUUGAAAUUAUAUUGAAUUGUGUAACAAAAUUAUCUAAAAGUUAAAAUGUGUGUAUAUGUACUUUUAUUUACUUUUUUUAUACCUUCACUAACACAUUUAAUGAAAGGGUUAAAUGGGACAAGAUUUUAGACAUUGGGACUAAACUGGACCUUAAACACAAACAUUCCCCAAAAACCCAAACGAACAAACACCAAAGCAAAAGAACACUCUCAGAAGCAAAAGCAGUAUUAGCUCUGAAAAAAUGGUAUUGAAGGCAGUUGGGCUUAAUAUUUCAAGAUUUCAAAGUUCUUGGACAUGGAGAUAUGUGUUAUUAAGAUCACACUCUACCAACAAAACGACACCGUUUAAUAGCAGUUACCCCAGUUGGGGUGAUCUUAAAAAACGAAUUUUGAAGGUUCAGAAUUGGGUGGAUGAAGGCCGUACAGUUUCUAUAAACGAGCUCAGGGUCAUUAUCAGGCAGCUCAUUAAACGACGUCGUUUUGGGCCUGCUCUGGAGAUACUUAACUGGAUGGAAACUCAACAUAGUUGUCAGAUGUCACCUUAUGAUUAUGCCCGGAGACAGGAAUUAACUGUUAAAGAACACGGUAGAAUAGAAGCUGAAAGAUAUUUUGAGAGUUCAAGCACUGUUUCACUGAAAGCUGCUUCCCUCCCUCUUCUUCGUUGUUAUGUUGAAGAAAGGUCCACUGAGAAGGCUGAAGCUUUCAUGCUAAAGAUGAACAAGUUGGGACUUGUUCUGAGCCCUCAUCCGUUUAAUGAGAUGAUGAAGCUUUAUAAGGCCACAUCUCAGUACCAGAAAGUACCAUCUGUCAUUCUGCAAAUGAAACAAAACCGAAUAACCUUAAAUGUCCUCUCCUAUAAUCUCUGGAUGGACGCAUGUGGGGAGCUCUCUGGGGUUGAAUCAGCAGAGAUGGUAUACAAAGAGAUGCUGAGUGACCAAAAUGUAGAAGUGGGAUGGAGCUCUUUAUCUACAUUAGCGAAUAUUUAUAAAAAAGCAGGACUGACAGACAAGGCAAUUUUGGCCCUCAAAACUGCUGAAAAGAAAAUAUCUAACAGUAGUCACUAUCCUUACUUCUUUCUCAUUACGCAGUAUGCUUCUUUGAAUAACAAAGUUGGAGUACUUCAGGUAUGGGAAGCUUCUAAAGCAGUAAACUCCACAAUAACUUGUGCCAAUUACAUGUGUAUCUUGUCGUCUUUGGUCAAGCUUGGUGACAUGAGAGAAGCCGAGAGAAUUUUUGCGGAAUGGGAGUCUCAAUGCAGGACAUAUGACAUUAGGGUCUCCAACAUACUUCUCGGUGGAUACAUGAGAAAUGGAUCUGUGGAAAAAGCUGAAUCAUUACAUUUCCGCACAUUGGAGAAAGGUGGUUGUCCCAAUUCUAAAACCUGGGAGAUACUGAUGGAGGGCUGGAUAAGAAGUCAACAAAUGGAUAAAGCUAUUUAUGCCUUGAAAAGUGGUCUUGCUGCUCUAAAACAUUAUGAAUUGAGUCCAUCACCAAGUAUUGCUGUUGCAAUUUCAGAAUAUUUUGAAGAAACUAGAAAUUUUGAGAAGGCUAUGGAGUUUCUUAAAACUCUAAGACAUUUUGGUAGUGCUAAUUUGCAAGUGUACAAGUCAUUGCUUAGAAUGCAAACGUCAAGAGAAGAAAGUCUGCUGUACAUCCUUGAAAUGAUGCAGAAGGAUGGAAUUGACGUGGAUGAUGAGACCUCUGCCGUCUAUUCAGGCGUUUUACGUUGUGAGAACUGAACACAUAUAUUGGUACUUUAAUUGUUCUUAAAAGCUCGACUUUUAAACCUGGGCAAAAGAUAGGUUAGUACAUCGAGCAUGUUGCCUUGUAAGAGAACAUGCCAUUUAUUUAUUUUUUUUCUUCGGUUUGUCACUUGGUGCUAGCUCUGGGUCUGCGGCUUAAAAUAUGGAGAGCACAGGGGAUGUGAAUGUGAUAGAUUGAGACUGCAUCCUGUAGCAGUUGAAAGUUGAAGGAGCUCAAAUGCUGCGUGCAAUGCUCCCUGACAAUUUGACUAGUUGAAGUUUCUUUAAUUUUACAGAAAAUGACUAUGAUAUCAUGGUCCUAGACACUUAUGCUCUUAUUUCCCUACAAAUUGUAUUUGAUAGGCAAAUCUUACAUGUCAUACAAACUCAUGGAAAAGAUUACAUGUCAUAUAAUCAUACAAGUAAAAUCUUCCUCCAUGGGAACAGAUUUUAGAUUUCAAGGUGAUGCUGAAGCAACCAACAUCUUGUAAAAUCCUUUGUUAUGCUCUAACAAUUUGUCCUUGGGUGGUGUACACUCUUUCAGAAUGGGAGCAGCUUCAAGGACAUUCUGAAACCAUGAAACAAGUGAAGGCAUUUCCUCUGCAUCAAUAAGUUUGAUAUUCACAAUCUCCUCAACAAUCUGAGCCCAGCAAAUGAUCCAAGCACAUGCAACAUCCAUGAAGCCUAUUUUCGUGUCUCCAAAAAAGCGUUUCCUGCCUAGUUCGUCCUCUAAAAUUUUCAAGUUUUCACGAGCUUCUUUUGCUGUCUUCUUCUGCUCCUCUCCGACCUUGGAGAAAGUACCAAAUAUUCCUGGCACACACUGUAAAGAAAAAAAGAGCAUGAACAAUCCCAGCGAGUUGCUGCAAGAUGAUAAACAAGUAACAGGAAUGGAUUCUUUCAUAUGGUUAUUACCUUUUCAUCAACAAAUUUUGCCCAAAACCGUGAUUUGGCUCUUUCAUAAGGAUCUUCAGGGAGGAGGGGAUUGUGCUUCCAUGUCUCUUCAAUGUAUUCAAGUAUGACUAGUGAUUCUGCAAUGGGUUUACCAUUAUGAACCAAAACUGGAAUCUUUUUAUGAACUGGAUUAUACUGUAAGAGUAGGGAACUUUUGUUUGAGAGAUCUUCUUCUUGGUAGUCA